AUUACAGUUGGAAGCUUCCCAUUAUUGUCUUUCUGUGGGACAACAAUGCUGCAUGUAUACAGUACAUGCAUUGCCACCACAGUGGUAUAGUGCUAGAUAAUAACCCUUUAGCGCCCUGACUGCUCAGUAGGCUUCUAUGGCAUGUUGCUGGCUCAGGGCUUUGCACAAUAGAAGCCCUACAUACUUUUUUCACAUUGAGGUAGUAUAAAAGUAACCGUUACCACCGAUGGCACCACACAGCAGGCACAACUCAGCCCUGAAGAACAAGCACAAUCAUGAACAUGGGCAGGAUCAUCUUCUACGAGGACAGGAACUUCCAGGGUCGUCAUUAUGAGACCAGCAGCGACUGUCCUGAGCUGACCUCCUUCCUGAGCAGGUGUCACUCCUGCAGGGUGGAGAGCGGCUGCUGCAUGGUGUACGACCGCCCCAACUACAUGGGAAACCAGUACCUUCUGAGGAGAGGCGAGUACGCCGACUACAUGAGCAUGAUGGGAAUGUCCGACUGCAUCCGCUCCUGCCGUAUGAUCCCCAUGCACAGAGGAUCCUACAGGAUGAAGAUCUACGAGAGGGAGAACUUCGCCGGUCAGAUGAAGGAGCUGAGCGAGGACUGUGACAACAUCCAGGACCGCUACCGCAUGUCCGACUGCCAGUCCUGCAACGUGAUGGACGGCCACUGGCUGAUGUACGAGCAGCCCCACUUCAGAGGCAGAGUGAUCUACCUGAGGCCCGGCGAGUACAGGAGCCUGAGGGACGUCGGCUCCAGCAACAUGAGGGUCCAGAGCAUGAGGCGCAUCAUGGACACCUGUAACUAAGAUCAUUCUAAAAUAAAAAGUAACAGACUCCA